AUCCAGCCUCCCUCUGCCGAGGACGCGCUGGCGCUCAUGGACAAGAACAUGGACGUCUUGGAAAGGGCCAUCCAGGAAGCCGCCCGGCAGGGUGCCCACAUCAUUGUGACUCCUGAAGACGGCAUUUAUGGCUGGCGCUUCACCAGAGAAAACAUCUACCCCUACCUGGAGGAUAUUCCUGACCCGGAGGUCAACUGGAUUCCCUGCACUGAUCCCAAAAGAUUUGCUCCUGCUCCAGUGCAGGAACGACUCAGCUGCAUGGCCAGGAAUAACUCUAUCUAUGUGGUUGCAAACAUAGGGGACAAGAAGUCAUGUAAUUCCAGUGACCCCAGCUGCCCCAGCGACGGUCGCUAUCAGUACAAUACAGAUGUUGUCUUUGACUCGGAAGGGAAAUUAAUAGCACGUUAUCACAAGUAUAACCUCUUCAGAGGAGAAACUCAGUUUAAUUUCCCCAAAGAGCCAGAAACUGUCACUUUUGAGACACCCUUUGGGAAGUUUGGCAUCUUCACUUGCUUCGACAUACUUUUCCAUGACCCUGCAGUGGUUCUGGUGGAUGAGUUACAGGUGGACACUGUGUUGUUCCCAACUGCUUGGAUGAACGUCUUGCCUUUUCUGACUGCUGUUGAAUUUCACUCUGCCUGGGCUAUGGGCAUGGGUGUCAAUUUACUUUCAGCAAAUACGCACAAUAUCGGCAUGGCAAUGACAGGAAGUGGGAUAUUCACAGCAGAAGGCCCUGCAGCAUAUCAUUACGACACAGAAACGGAGCAGGGUUCUCUCCUGAUAGCAGAGCUGAGCUCGCGGCCCCGUCUUUCUCCUACCUACCCUCUCGCUGUCAACUGGAGCUUGUAUGCCACAAGCAUCAAAAAAUUUCCAGAAGAACAAAACACUUUUACUGGAGCUGUCCGGCGUGAUGUAUUCACUUUCACUGAACUCACGCACAAAAAAGGAAAUUAUACUGUUUGUCAGAAAGACCUCUGCUGUCAUUUGAUCUAUAGGAUGUCAGACAAGAGUACAGAUGAAGUUUAUGUGCUCGGUGCAUUUGAUGGUCUUCAUGGUUCUGUCAUAAAAUAUCAUUGGCAGAUAUGCACGCUGCUGAAAUGUAAAAGCACAGACCAGAAGAGCUGUGGGCAGCCCGUGGAGACCGCUCGGACCAAGUUUGACAUGUUCUCCCUGAGCGGCACGUUUGGCACUAACUACGUCUUUCCAGAGGUCCUGUACAGCGGGGUUCAGCUGGCCCCUGGGGAAUUUGAGGUGCUACCUGAUGGACGGCUGAAAAGUAAGCACAGCUCAUCGAAACCACUCUUAACAGUGACCCUUUUUGGAAGGCAUUAUGAAAAGGAUCCACCGCAUCCACUGAGAGCCUCCCUGUGAUGUAACUACUUGCUUUUUCAA